AUGAGCGGCUACACCCAGAUCGAACCUGAUACCGAGCCAGUCAAUCACAUUGAGCCUGAUGUGCCCCAUUCCAGGGACCAGACAAGCCAUCCAACCGGUACCAUAGCCUCAGACCCCAAUACCAGCACAAAUGCUCAAACAUGGGCCGAGAGAUUGAAGGAGUCGUCCCACCCAGUGGCGCUUCUAUUCUAUAUGUUCUUCAGGAUAGCGCCAAUUGUCAUCUACAUUUUCGGAAACUUCUUCCUUGGCUUCGUUGUCCACAAAAACAAGUUCGUUCUCCACUUUAUCAUCUUAAUCCUUUUGGUGUCAGCAGAUUUCUGGACAUUGAAGAACGUUGCAGGGAGACUUUUAGUAGGCUUGAGAUGGUGGAACGAGACCAAUGUCAUUGAAGGAAGAGCCGGUGAAUUUGAAAACGUAUGGGUUUUCGAGAGUUUGAGUCCCGACAGAGUGGUCAAUCCUAUAGACUCUAAAGUAUUUUGGGCGUUGUUGUACGCUCAACCAGUUGCAUGGGCAGUGUUGGGUUUUUUGGCAGUGCUCAAGUUUGAGUUCUUGUACUUGUUGUUAGUGGUUAUGGCCGUAUCCUUGUCUGUGACUAAUGCUAUGGCUUUCACCAAGUGUGAUAAGUUUGGAAAAGCGAACAACAUCGCUUCCGGAUUGUUGUCUGGUGCCACCUCGACGGUUUUUAGCAGGUUUAAUCCGUUUGCAUCAGCGUAG